UACAUUGUCAUGGUAAAACGAUGAGGAUUUUGAGAUGCGUAGGCAUCUUUUAAUGUCAGUUUUUGAUAAAAUUGACCUCGAGAAAUUGGCGCAAAUUGAAGCCAGUGCGUUAUGCGAUACGUUAGCCAUGACUAAACCUGAGCCUGACUUGGUAUAUCAAACGACCUUCGAAGCCAGUCUAAACCUCAUUUCUACAUUUUGUUUUCAAAGUGGUAAACGUUGUUCAUACGACGAUCCAAGUUUUAGAGAAUUGGUUAAAUUCACGAAUGCAACUCGAAAGGCACGAAAGAAUCAGAUGGGAGAGCCUGGAAACCUAUUUCCGUUCUUGUUGUCAACAUGCCUCUACAAUGGUUUCAGAAAAAAACAGAAAAAUCUACGUUGCCUUAUAAAUAAACAGUUACAAGCGCGCGAGCACGUAGAAGACGACAGCACACUUGAUGAUCUUAUAGACGGUUACUUAAAGAAGGUGGGCGGGAGCGAUUUCCCAGCUGAAGAUUGUAUUCCUCACAUAAUAAACUUGAUGCUAGCAUCGAUGACACUUAAAAAUGCGCUGCAGUGGCUACUUCUUCUCAUCACCAAGCACCCCCAUGUCCAACUUAAGGAAAAAGGCGAUGUCCAGGUGAAGGAUUUGCUAAGAAGAUUUGAUUCCCGUCGUAGUGGAUUAUGGUCAUCUGCUGAUGUCACGAGACUUGUUCCUAACACCAUAAUACGCGCAACAUACAACAUACAAAUAUUAUAUUUUUGAAAUCAUGUCCGUCUUAAUGUGUGCAGAUCGUCCGUAACAUGUACAUUUACUACUAAUGAACCACAAAAUGUUAGUAUGGAUGAACGCAAUUUUAAAUCAGGGAGAUAAGAUGUUGAUUAUUAUUUAAAUAGCCGAUAAAAUUGUAUUAUUUUGGAAGAUUAGCCUUACUUGGCUUUGUUUUUAUCCAGCUAGAUGCAGCAUCAAGACCAUAACGCAGUUUUGUAGCCUAUAUGGUUUUCAAACAAUGAAUUAAUUUCUUGUACUGUAUUUUUACUUUCACAAGACCAAUACAAGUUCUGUAUUCUGUAUAAAGAUCAGUAAAUAUUAUGA